GGCAAUGUGACAGCAGACAAAAAUUUCUUUAAUGGCUGCUCGGUCAAGAAAGACCAAAUAGAUAGCAGCCGGAAUUCAUGACCAAUUCAAACUUGAUCAACAAUUUAAAAUAUGUGUUAGAUUUUCAUUGGACAUCUGCUGUAUCAGUUGGCAAAUGAAGUUUCAUAACCAUUAUGACCUACAAAACUAUGGAGAAUCAAAUCCAAAUCCAUAUUCGGACAACAAAGCUACUUACUUGCUUUGCUGCUAGCUAACCUGCAAUGGAUCUCUUCCUUCCAUUCCGGAACACAGCAACUCUUGCACUUGCUGUUGUUCUUCUGCUUUCUUACUUCCUCUUCAGGAGACCCAAAUCAGGAAAAGGGAAACAAGUUCCAGAAGCAGGGCGAUCCUGGCCGGUCAUUGGGCACCUCCUCUCGCUAGGAGGAGCUGAGCUUCCCCACUUGAAGUUUGCAGAGUUGGCUGACAAAUAUGGUCCAAUUUUCAUGGUCAGGGUCGGUCUGUUCCCAACUCUAGUGGUCAGUACUUCAGAACUGGCUAAAGAACUCUACACCACUCACGACACAGCCAUAUCUUCUCGCCCCAAUUUCACAGCUUCUUUGAUCUUGGGCAACAACAGCGCUAACUUCGGAUUCUCUCCUUACGGCGAGUACUGGCGCCAGAUGAGGAAAAUAACGGCCCUGGAACUGCUCUCCAACCGAAGGCUUGACCUUCUGAAACAUGUGAGGACUUCAGAAGUGAAAGCAGCACUAAAGGUUCUGUACACACUGUGGGAGAAGAACAACAGCAGAACUGGAGGCGGCAAAGUUUGUGCUCAGAUGAACAAGUGGUUCGGGGACAUGAAUUUGAACGUCAUACUAGGGAUGGUUGCAGGGAAGAGGUACUUUGGCAGUGUCGCGGUAGAGGACGAGAAGCAGGCUGAGAGAUGCAGGAAACUGAUGAGAGACUUCUUCCAUUACGCAGGGCAGCUUGUUGCGAGGGAUCUGUUCCCAUUUCUUGGGUUUCUGGACAUAGGUGGACAUGAGAAGACCAUGAAGAAACUCAGUGAUGAUCUGAACAGACUCGCCGAUGAAUGGAUUGAGGAGCACCGUAGCAAGAAGGAAACAACAUCGUCUGAUGAUGAACAACAACAAGACUUCAUAGAUGUCUUGCUCUCCGUCUUGAAAGAUGUCGAUCUCAAUGGUUACGAUCUAGACACAGUCUGCAAAUCCACAGUCAUGACUCUCAUUGUUGGAGGCACUGAUACCACAACCGUGACUCUUACCUGGGCUCUAUCCCUUCUCAUGAACAAUCCAAGCACCUUAACUAAGGCGCAGGAAGAACUCGACGCGAUCGUGGGCAAAGACAGGCUGGUGAAUGAAUCAGACAUUGCCAAGCUUCCCUACUUCCAAGCCAUUCUAAAGGAGGCAAUGAGGCUCUACCCAGCAGGUCCAAUUGGAGGCCCCCGAGAAUUCUCCAAGGAUUGCACAGUAGCUGGGUACCAUGUCCCAGCUGGGACUCGGCUAAUAGUAAACCUAUAUAAGUUACAAACUGAUCCCAAGGUGUGGUCAAACCCUAUGGAGUUCAAGCCAGAGAGGUUCCUUACUGCACCAUACAAAGACCUCGAUGUGAAAGGGCAGCACUUUGAGCUCAUCCCAUUUGGUGCUGGAAGAAGGUCUUGCCCUGGAAUCAACUUCGGCAUUCAGAUGACUGAAUUGGCUCUUGCUAGUUUCCUGCAAGCGUUUGAGAUCUCAACCCCGUCUGGUGAACCGGUUGACAUGACUGCAGCUUCUGGGCUGACUGUUAGCAGAGCCACCCCGCUUGAAGUUCUGGUUAAGCCACGGUUGCCUCCAAGCCUCUACCAAUAGAUAGAACAACGAGCGAACACAGAAGAUUCCCCACAAAAAAAUCCACCAAAUCCAAAGAAUGGAAGAUAUUAUUACUACUUGGUUGCCCCUUCGAUGUCUUUCAUACAUUACAUAUUGUAUCUUCUCGUAUCCUGAAUGAAGUGAAGUUUGAAGAGCACUACAAUCGGAAAAACGAUAUGUUACAGAGAUGUAGCACCAUGAACGCCCUAAAAGCUCAACAAGUAAUACUGCCGAAUGGGAAGAAUCACUACAGCAAGCAAAUACCUCUUUUCUCGUGGGAUAUCUCCACCUUCGCAAUGCUUGGUUCUAAACUCCCAAAUUUUGGGAAGCCAGGCCCUUAGCGUUCUUGCAUCUGCAGAGUGCCAAUGAAAUGUCAACAAAACAAAAACACAAAACUAAUUUUGGUUUAAGUACUUUUUGCCUUUUGGGCUGAAAAAAUAAUGGUGCGCCCCUGCCCAUCAGUUGCAUAUCAGAAUCAUUUGUAUCUUCUUUUUUUUUUUUUUUUAAUAAAAUGGUUGCACCAUUAUCCCCCCAAAAAAGUAUUUCUUUCCUACCAACUUGCAUUCUGUGUGGCUGUGGUAAUGGCAUAACUCUAAGCGAUAAGGUAUGCACUGGCUGGCUGGUAUUAGCUUCUGUAAAAUGGUUGAAAUUACAAGGCAAAACAACUUACUUUAUUGUAAGUGCCUCUGUUCUGAGGAAUUCAAUUCAGUGCAGGACUCUCGAAUACUUUUUCCAAAUGGUCUUAAUCAUUCACUAGGUCUUAUAGCCCGCGCUUCGCGCCGGGACUUGUUUCAAUUUAUGAGCUACUGUUGAGCUUAUAUUCGUAUCACAAAUACAGGACAUAUUGUCAGCGACUAAUUAUGUGUGAACAGAUUGAAAGUCUGAAACUAACGGCAAUUAACAUAGAGGUUGUUGAUCCCUUGUAUAGUUUGGCUACUCAUGUGCAAGCUCCAAUUGUCUCACGGCAAAAACAAAGACUAAAAUCGAAA